AUGCCAGUCGCAGACCCCAAUAGUCCUGAAGAGCUCCUCAAGAACGCCUACAGCGACAUCUUGAGCGACCCCUUUGAUGAUAAAUACGAGGACGCCUGGGAAGAAGACACCUACUGGGCCGCUGUCGAGUCCUUCAAGCUCAAAGUCAAGGAAAUCGGCAUUGAAGAUCCCUUUGAGAUCCUCAAAAAGUUCAGAAUUACCUCGUACGAGUCCAUCCGCGAUCGUCUCAAGGCGGGUCCGCCUGCUUGCUUCCGUGCUGGAUGGAAGAGCCCUUAUAUUGGAACCAAGGUCGAUCCUGCUGCUGUCAUUGCGCCUUUGAAACAUGUUAAUGGACCCGAGUUUAGUGGCAAGGAACGUGUUGUCGUCCUUGACUUUUGGGCCACCUGGUGUGGACCUUGCGUACGCGCAGGCCCUGAACUGUCAGAGUUGUCCGAGAAAUACGCUGGUCGUAUUGCGAUCGUUGGAGUGAACAACGAGAGCAUGUUCAGACCUAUGGACAAGGAUAUCUCGGUCGUGACUUCAUUCCUUGAAGAGCACAAGAAGGAGUUCCGUUAUACCAUUUACGUCGACAGCGACGAAGGACACGCCUGCGAGACCGUUUACAAGGUGUCAGAGUACAAGGCCAUCCCUUGUGUGAUUGUCAUUGUCGACGGAGUGGUGACCUAUGUAGGGGGACCUUACAAGGAGUUCCUUGCCGCCUUGGAGGCGGCUGUUGAGGAGCCUCUUUCUGUCAAGGAAGAGUAG